UGUGACCAGGACUGCAACACGUAUGCGUGCAACUUUGACGGCAACGAUUGCUCAUUGGGCAUCAACCCUUGGGUGAAUUGCACUGCGAAUAUAGAGUGUUGGCGCGUGUUCAUGGAUGGCCAGUGUAAUGAGGAGUGCAACAAUGCUGCUUGUCUGUUCGAUGGUCGUGAUUGCGCCAAGAAACUACAACCAUGUAAUCCGACUUAUGAAGCCUACUGUCAGAAACAUUAUGCGGAUGGCCAUUGUGAUUAUGGCUGCAAUAAUGCUGAGUGCAACUGGGAUGGCUUGGACUGUGAAAAUACUCUCGAGCAACCGAAUUUGGCCGAUGGCGCUAUAUCUGUGGUGAUGCUGAUGGACAUCAAAACUUUCCGCGAAAAGCAGGUGGAAUUCUUGCGUGAAAUGGGUCAUGUACUCCGCACUACGGUGCGCAUCAAGAAGGACUCCAUGGGCAAUGACAUGAUCUUCACCUGGAAAGGCACUUCGCAAUUGACUGAACUGCAAAACUCGGACUUCGGACGCAAGCACAGAAUACUAACCAGUGAGCGCAAUGAUCAAACGGGCAUACAAAUAUACCUGGAAAUCGAUAAUCGGAAGUGCAUCGACUGUUUCAAUCGCGCCGCCGAAGCUGCCGAGUUCCUGGCGGCUUCUGCAUCCAAAUACACGCUCUCACCAAAGUUCAACAUCUACAGCGUGCGUGGCGUACAAAACCCCGGCGAAGAUGUAGAAGAACGUCCCAGCAACGUAAAAUAUGUGCUCAUCGGCAUCAGCAUUGUGGUAUUCGCAUUCCUCGGUGUACUUGUGACUACGCAACGUAAGCGCGCGCAUGGCAUCACUUGGUUCCCAGAAAAUUUCCGUACCACAACCGCUGCACCGGUUAAUCAUCAGCGACGGCGACGUGACACUGGCCAGGAGAUGCGCAAUUUAAACAAAAAUCCCUCAAUUGCUUGCAUGAGCAAUGACGUCAACAUGAACUCCGGUCACAUGGGCCACGCACCGCAAUGGUCGGAUGAUGAGUCCGAAUUGCCGCCACAGAAGCGCAUGCGCAACGAUCUCGGCGGGUACGCCAGCGAUCACACGAUGGUAACCGACUAUGAAGAAGCUGAUCCACGCGUUUGGUCGCAGGCGCAUCUCGAAGUAGCCGAUGUACGUUCGUCAAUUAUGACGCCGCCUGCGCACCAGGAUGGGAAACACGAUGUGGAUGUGCGCGGACCGUGCGGCAUGACACCACUCAUGGUAGCCGCUGUUCGCGGUGGAGGCAUGGAUACUGGCGAAGACAUUGAAAACACUGAGGAUCAAACGGCACAGGUGAUUUCGGAUUUGUUGGCGCAAGGUGCUGAACUUAACGCCACCAUGGACAAAACUGGUGAAACUUCACUGCACCUGGCAGCGCGUUAUGCGCGCGCUGAUGCUGCCAAACGUUUACUGGACGCUGGCGCCGACGCCAACUGUCAAGAUAACACCGGUCGUACACCACUGCAUGCCGCUGUGGCCGCCGAUGCAAUGGGCGUUUUUCAGAUACUGCUGCGCAACCGCGCUACCAAUUUGAAUGCGCGUAUGCAUGAUGGCACCACACCGCUAAUACUCGCCGCACGCCUAGCCAUUGAAGGAAUGGUUGAAGAUCUAAUAACUGCCGAUGCUGAUAUCAAUGCUGCCGACAACUCGGGUAAGACCGCGCUCCAUUGGGCAGCCGCUGUUAAUAAUACCGAAGCCGUGAAUAUACUACUCAUGCAUCAUGCCAAUCGUGACGCCCAGGACGACAAGGAUGAGACACCACUAUUUCUAGCAGCGCGCGAGGGCUCCUAUGAAGCGUGCAAAGCGCUGCUCGACAACUUUGCCAAUCGCGAAAUCACCGAUCACAUGGACCGUUUGCCACGCGAUGUGGCCUCCGAGCGCUUGCACCAUGACAUCGUGCGCCUGCUCGAUGAACAUGUGCCGCGCUCACCGCAAAUGAUGGCGCUGACGCCACAGACCAUGAUAGGCUCGCCACCACCUGGCAGCCAAGCACAGAUCAUCUCUCAGCCCACUGUUAUUUCAUCAUCAAAACAGACAGCACAAUCUGCGAAAUCAAAAGCGGCGAAAAAGGCAAAGCUAUUGGAGGGCAGCCCGGACAAUUUGCUCGACGGUGGCAGUCUGCGACGCAAACCGGGUUCAAAAAAGGGGGCAGGGGGCUCGGUGUCAAAAAAGGGCGGACAAAACGGCCUUACGGCAGCACAGCUGCUGAAUGGCUUGGGUGGUGGGCUGACAACGCACGGCCAGGGACUGGAGGGAGUGGACCAGCAGCAGCUGUUGGAUGCCGGUCUCAGUGCGGUGGACUCGCCACCACUGACGGGGCUAACAAGUCAGCCGAGCCCGUACGACACGUCGUCACUCUAUUCCAACGCGAUGGCGGCACCAACACACCACCACAACGAUCUGUUAGGCAACAGCAACGGCGCGAAACAACCACCCAGCUAUGAAGACUGCAUAAAGAAUGCGCAAACAAUGCAGAGCCUAGUGCAGCAACAGCAGCAAAAUAAUAUGGAUUUAAUCAAAAUGGAGAAUUACGUUUACUCGCGUGGUUCGCCCUUUCAUCAGGAAAUGAUCGGCCAGAAAGGCAACAAUCAGCAAAGCAUGAAUUCGCUUUGCGGCGGUGGAGGCGGAGGUGGCAAUCUCGGUCACAAUCUGCCCGGCAACAUGGCCGGUCAUGAGCAAGGGCUAAGUCCGCCCUAUUCCAAUCAAUCGCCACCGCAUUCCGUGCAGAGCAGCAUGGCGCUUUCGCCGCACGCUUAUUUGGGUUCACCAUCGCCCGUCAAAUCACAUCCCAGCCUACCCACCUCACCCACACACAUGCAGGCGCUGCGCCAUGCGACCCAUCAGAAACAAUUUGGUAGCAAUGUGAAUUCGCUGCUGGGUGGCGCUGCCAACAACAACAACAACAGCAACUCUACAAAUGGCCCACAGAGUAACGCGUCGAUGAAUUCGCCGCAGAGCAUGAGUUUUCAAUCGCCCAGCAGUCAGAGUUUGUCGCAACAGAGUUCACCGGUGAGUGUGGGCAUUGUAUCGCCGACGGGUAGUGAUGGCAUGAUGAUGGCGCCACAGCAAACCCAGCAGCAGCAACAGCAACAACAACAACAGCAGCAGCAGCAGCAACAACAACAGCAACAGCUGCAGCAACAACAACAACAGCAGCAGCAGCAGCAACAGAAUUCGAAAAGCAGUGCAAUAAUGCAAACAAUGCAACAACACCAACAACAGCUGGCGAGCCUCGAUUUCGCAUCGGCCGGCUUGGAUUUGAAUGGAUUUUGUGGAUCGCCAGAUUCCUUUCAUUCCGGCCAAAUGAAUCCACCCUCGAUACAGAGUACAAUGUCAGGUUCCUCGCCCGCCACCAAUAUGCUAUCGCCAUCCUCCCAACACAAUCAGGCCUUCUAUCAGUAUCUGACACCGACCAGUCAGCACUCUGGCGGCCAUACACCCCAGCAUCUGGUGCAAACGCUCGACAGCUAUCCCACACCAUCACCCGAAUCGCCAGGUCACUGGUCGAGUUCGUCGCCACGUUCCACAUCGGACUGGUCCGAGGGUGUACAAUCGCCGGCGGCCAAUAAUCUGUACAUGUCCGGUGGACAUCAGGCCAACAAGGGUUCAGAGGCGAUUUAUAUUUGACAAUAAGCACAGGUGGCAGUGGUAGAUUGUUGUGGUGAAGCUGCUGUGCACGGACGUUCCGAAAGCGUCAGCGUAAAUGUUGUGUUAUGUAAACAGUUAUAGUAUCCUACAAAACUAUAUAUAUAAAUAUACAAAUGAAUAUUUUUAGUAGCAUGUAGUUUGUACAAAAGAUAAAA